GACGUUUUUGUUAACAUAAUAAAAUAGAACAAAUAGGAACAAGUAAGAGUAACAACUUAUAACUAUCGAUUUCUACGUAAUAAGUGCAAGUUUACAAGUUACUCCAAGUUAAAACACUCUAUAUUACACUCACCUAUAAAUUAUAGCUAUUUAAAGUUAAUGAUUGAAAUCAGCUGAACUUAGACUUACAAACAUUUUACCCAUUUGACAGACCAAUACUUGUUAGUACAGGUAUUAUAGCAGCCAUGUGUAUGAUACGGGACARCGAUGACACCUGUGAAAAGUUGUUGUGUCGGUUUCAGAUAAGGGAGACCGUCGAUUUGACUAUAGACGAUAUUUUAGGGGAUGAUAACGACUUCAUGGAAAUCACUCCACACGUCGACCAGUUGAAUUACCCGUACAACUUGUUGCCGUCUAGUGAUGAAGAAGAGCCGGUGAGAAGUUUUAUAAGCCAUGUGGAGGACAGUACUGAAGAUAUUCAUUCUACUCAUUCGAGURCUACUCAUGACUCAUCGAUUGAAAUAAAUCAAAAUGCUAACACACCGAGUACAUCAGUAAAUAUUAACUUGAAUAUUUCGGAAAUCAACAAUACUGAUCAAUCAAGUGAAGGUAGAGAAUUUGAAUUGAAUAUACCACAAAUAUUGUUAUCAAUGUCCAGAAUAUCACAUAAUUUGAACAUUCUAACUUCGGCAUCACAUGAUUAAUUAGUCUUAAUUUUACUUACGAUCAAGAUUAUUCCAGUGGUCGAAUUGCGUAAUGGAGGCGAUGGACUCAUAAAGGCGGUCAUCAGCAUGUACAACGUGG